AGGCUAGCGCUUGCGUAUCUGUUGUGUGUGUGUGUGUGUGUGUGUGUGUGUGUGUGUGUGUGUGUGUGUGUGUGUGUGUGUACAUUGUAUGACAGUUGUACGCUGAGUUAUGAAACCAAAUACCUACAUGGUAGGUGGCUGCUGGGGGGGGGCAUCACCUGAUAGAGCCCCGGAGGGAAGGGGCACAUUGGGUGCGUUGAUGCGGAUAGAUCCCGCCCACAAUGAGAUGUGGACCAAUGAGCGGCUGCAAAACAACACCCGUGAGACUUUAACGCGCGUUUUUUUUUGUUUUGUUUUGAUUUCGGCUGGCACGUUGCCGAAGUCGCCUCGCGAGAGAAGUGCUGGAUUUUUUUAAAUUUUAUUUUUAGAUUUUUCAGUGUGUUUUUUACCUUUAAAAGAAGACAUAUGGAGCGCCUCAGCCUCGGGAGAUUAUUCUCCGCGUGCGACGUGAACAAGUCCGGUAAGAUAGAGUACGAUGACUUCACCGCGGUCUGUCGGGAGCUCAACGUCUCCGAAACCGAGGUCAGAACCCUGUUCGACAAGUUCGACCCGGACGAGGACGGAGGCAUCGAUUACGGCAGGUUUGCGUCCAGGUUCCAGGACGUCUCGGAGACUCUGGACUUCUCGUCCCUCGGCGCGCGCGGCGGCCCGUGGGAAGAGUUUGAAAGCCGGAUAGAUGCUGAGGCUUUCCUCCCCGAAAGUCUCCGGGAGCAGCUGGCUCAUCUUUAUCAGGCCAUUCACUCUUCUGCGAAAACAAAUCUACUGCAGCACUAUGAGGAAAUCAUCCACUCGCUGAUCAGCCAGAGCCAGGACAACCGACUGGAGUGUGAGCAGCUGGAGACCAGUAUUAAGCGAGCCGAUGAGAUGAACAACAGUCAGCUGUCCGAACUGGAGGACGACAUAAAGCAGCAGCUGGCCAAAACCGAGGAGAGGGUGAGAGACGAGGAACGUAAAAAAAUGGAAGGACUUAUGGCGGCCGUGCAAAGGAAGCACAAGAACGAGGUCACGGACCUGCAUGCAACUGUGGACAGACUGUUAAAGAGCCAAGAGGACUCUGAAUUCAACCAUUCAAAGGAGGAAGUGGACACACUGAACACACGUAUCACAGUUAUUCACGUAAUCUUCUCACAGCAAAACGAGGACCUGCGAACCUCUCUGCUGCAAGCCCAGACGGACAGCGCCGUCUUGCACUCGGAGCUGGACAAGCUGAAGAACAUGUACGCGGACCAGAAAGCUCAACAUAAAAGAGAAAGCGAUGAACUGAAGAGGAUGGUUAUGGAAUACCAGUUGUAUUCAAACCAGAUUCAGAUUCUCCAGGAAACAAACAAAAUGCUGUAUGACAGCAACGACGGGCUCCGCUCUGCGUUGGCCAGCGAAGCGGUUGCAGCUAAAAGGAGGCGGUCUCCUCAAAAUGAAAUCCCAGCCCGCAGGAUGAAGCCCCUCCGACAGAGCACGCUCAACCACGGCAGCCCGGAGCAGGAUCCCGGCAAAGCCAGCUACUCUCAUGUGGCCACCUGGGCCGAUAAGUACCUCGACAGCGGCGUCUCCCUGCCGAUGGACACGGCCGAGAGCUCAGGCAGUGAUUACGACAGCGGCGCCGAUGAUGAUGACGACGACGACGACGGGGGGGCCUCAGUGGAAACCGUGCACCACAGUUACUCCUACGUCCUGUCUGAUGUGGAGGUAUCAGAAGUGAAAUCUGAAUCUGCGGCGAAGAUGGCUCGUAGCAAGGCGAGCUCUAUUGCGUCAUCUCUACGGAGACGUUUGUCGGCCUUUUCCACAAAGCCUUUAGAAGCCGACCUAGAGGAAACCACGGAGCCUGCCCCAAUGUUCCGCCUGGUUCUAGCAGGAGACGCGGGAGCCGGAAAGUCCAGCUUCCUGCUGAGACUGACGCUCAACGACUUCAGGGGAGACAUUCCGACAACGCUGGGUGUGGAUUUCCAGAUCAAGCGGAUGCUGGUGGAUGGAGAGAAAACAAGCCUGCAGAUCUGGGACACAGCCGGGCAGGAGAGGUUUCGUAGCAUCGCGAGGUCUUACUUCCGUAAAGCUCACGGAGUGCUGCUCCUCUACGAUGUCACUUCAGAGAGCAGCUUCCUCAACGUCAGAGCGUGGGUGGAUCAGAUCCAGGAUUCAACGGAAGACAAAAUCCCCAUGUGUGUUAUUGGAAACAAGGUGGACCUGAGGGAGCAGCUCCCAGAAGGCAGCUGUGUGAGCAGUUUGCACGGAGAGAAGUUGGCCACGGCGUACGGCGCCUUGUUCUGCGAGACGAGCGCCAAGGAGGGAACCAACGUGGUAGAGACUGUGCUCCAUCUGGCCAGAGAAGUAAAGAAAAGUGUCAAACUGAGGAGGCAGUCGUUCUCUCAGGUCCGACUGAGUCCAUCCAACCCGAAGAAGACUCUGAACGCCUGCUGUGGCCUGUAGAAGGUCCAGAGCACUAGAUACGGUGGAGCAAUGAAGGACACAAAGUGAUUUAUAUUUUGUGAAUAUUUUUAAUCUUUGGCAUGUUUAACUCUUGGUAUAUAAUAUAUUUUCAUAAAUGUUACUUCUCUGAUCAAAAGUAAGAUUUCUAUUGUUGGAAAAUUGCACAAUUACAAAAACAAAUGUACGUAUUGUAAUCAUGUUUUCUUUUCUUUAGGUUUUUUUUAUUUAUUUGGUAGUCAUUUCAUAAAUUAAAUAAAUAAUAAUCUUUUAUUUGAGACUCAUGUCGAAUAGUAUUUUUAAAUAAAUGUUCCCCUUUGCGACCAAAUUUGGGUCUUAAGAAAUCAAAAGUGCAUUUUUAACAAUUUUAUUAAGCAUCCGCGUGAUCGAGAUAACAUCGCAGUUUCGAAAACCUUCAAAGAUUACAUUCUUGACAAAAAGUUCCUGGAUCACUUUUGUUGUGUUUUUAUCACUUUUCCAAAUAAACAGACAUCUGGAAAGAUGAAA